GUUAAUAAUAAAUAAUGAUAAUAAAUUUUAUACAACAAAAUAUUGUUCUGUGAAAAAAAAUCAAAAAUUUGUAUCUCUUGUUUAUUAUUUAUUGUACGGUUUUGCUUAAUGUUCGAGAAAUAACAAGAAACUGAGGAAAAAAUGUGAAUCAUCUAAAACAAAUAUUUUAUCUCUGUAUUAUCAUAACAUCAUAUGAGGAAAAAAAAAUUGGUUUAUGAAACAAUAAAUUCAUAUCUGCUUUUUUUUAAUACCCAAGUGUAUAGUCUAACAAUUCUUUUUUCCUUUUUCUUUUUUAAUUAAAUACUAUUGAAUCGUUUCAGUACAGUACAUUUGUGAAUAAAGUGCCUCUGCGUGAGUAAUGUGAAAAAAAUGAACUAUCGACUUUUAAUAAUUUUCCUAUUCACUUUUAUUAUUGCAAUGCCAGAGAUUUGCCUGUCUCAAAGCAUCUGCGAUUUGCCGAUCGAUGCGGGACCAUGUCGUCGUUACAGGAGACGUUAUGCAUUUAGUAAUACCAGCAGAAAUUGUGUGAGUUUCACAUACGGUGGAUGCUUAGGUAAUGCAAAUAAUUUCGCAACAUUGGAAGAGUGUAAACGAAAUUGUACGUCAAGUUGAAAAUAUAUCAAAUCUACAUGA